UUCGACCUGUGUCCCUUCAAAUACACUUAUUACUUGUGACUGUAGCCACUCGCUCUUGUUGAAGCGAUCGCAUCGAAGUAUCGAACUGUUAUUGGGAAAUGGUCCGUCGACACGCGCGCGCAAGGUGUUGCAUGUGCAUGUGCGUGCGAGUGUGUGUGUGUGUGAGAGAGAGAGAGAGAGAGCGAGAGAGAGACAGAGAGAGAGAGAGAGUCGUUACCGUAGCCGUUGCCCAGGCGUUAGGCGGCUGUCAUCCUUAUUUUCUGAUAAGCUCUAAGUAACUGCACGAUUGCCUCUGCGCAGCGCAAACGCUUCGGGAUUUGAAUAGAACACAACCAACUACGGGACUCACCCACACUCGUUCUAGUGCCCAGCAGUUUGAAAACAGACGCAGACCCGGACAACAUCGAAAGGAUGUGUGGUAUGGACGUGGACCUGGAGGGCGAGGGAGCAGGAGAGGGGGAGGAGGAAGAGAAGGAGCAGGAGGAGGAGUACGACGUCGGGGAGCGCGUGCGGAUGCUGCCCCCGCCGACGGCGCACAGCGGAGCGGGGGUGUGGGGGGCCCGGCGGGGCCCGGCUGGGCGCCUGGUCUGGGGCGCGGGGCUGGCGCUGUGGAACGCGGGCGUGGCGGCCGCGGCCGCGCUGCUCCUGGCCGCCGUGUUCACCCUGGUGCUGCUGCCCGCCACCCUGCUGCUGUCCGCCGGGUUCCUCUGCCACUCGAGGGUGCUGAACUCCCCUCUGCCGCUCUGCGGCUACCUGGACGACAACAGCUGCUCCGCCCUCAUCAUCCUGGGCUUCGUCAUGAUGUCGCCCCUGGUGGUGCUGGCGGCGGCCAUGUUCUGCGGGCUGGUGCGCAGGCUCCGCCUCCUCCUGCUGUUUCAGCCAAUGUCGCGCGCCUGUUACCGCGGCGGUGGCGGCUGGGGCUGGGGCAAGAAUGUUCGGGCCUGGGUCUGACUCUGAGGGCUCCACCCCCCUCCACCCCCCCCCUCCCCGGUGUUCCUGGAGAGAUGAUGUGUCCUCUGCCGUGUGUUUCACCCAAACUGUAAUUACUUUAGCCAUGUAACUAUUGGACAUUCUGUAUCCAAACCAGGAAGAGUUGACACUGCCCUGUGAUUUAUGAUUUUGGGGUCUCCCUUCUUCUGGUGCCGGAGGGUCACCAUAUGUCACAGAUCACAGGUAAACCACUUUGUUGGCUGGUAGCUUCCUGCUUUGAGCAAAUAGGUAGUUUUACCUUAGACAAUAGUUGACAUUUUCUUGACAAUUGUCUAUUUUAUCAAGUAAACAAAACUUUGUAUCCAGUGCAUCUUUGUCCAAAAGAGUAGGAAAUUGAAAAGGUGGGUGUACCAUUUAAUAGUGCUUUUUUAUUUCCUCAGGCGUUAGAAUAUUACCCUACCGCUAUCAGCAAAACCCAUCAGGUAUGGAAAAUCUGUUUAGUGAAUUUGAUUUCAUGGAUUAUUGUUUCAGAUUUUACACUGAGUAGGAAGCUGGUACUUUGUCUAUCAUGGCACAACAAGUAGCUGGGAGAUGGAAAUAAGCUGGUGGAAAUAAUUAGCUGUUUGCACUCGGUUUGGUUUCGUUGCACUUGUUUUGCAUUCUAUUGUAGCUACAGCCUGCACUGAAAAUAUUUCAACAGCAUCUGAGUUAACUGUCUCUUAAGGCGUCUGAAACGUCAAGACAAAUACUGGUGAGGGAUGGAAGGCUAAAAAUACCUUUACAGAUGGAGCAGCUGCUCUUUGUCCAGGAUUUACAAUACAUGUAGCACUUUGCAAAGCUUGGGUUUAACAUAUCACUCAUCUGCACAACCAGAUAUUUCACUGAACCAAUUCAGGUUAUUAACGUGUCUCUUGAGCACAAUGACAUUUUGUAAAAAAAAAGAUUUUUUUUUUUUUUUCAAACAGGACUUGUCCAUGCAACCAACUGAUUAUGGUUUAGCUCACUUACUAUUAGUCUUCACUGCCUAUCAUUCUACAGGCUCCUGUACAUCGUAGCACAGACGACAACUGAAGCUUUUUUUCGUUCCUGUGCUGUACCUCAUCUACUGGUGCUCAUCUGCAGCUGUCACAACCGACUGUAAUACGACAUAAAUUCUUCUCAAUUUGUUUGCUGGCUGGCUAGCAUAACAUAAAAAUUAAACAUACAGCUUAAUUGCCUAAUGAAUACAACAAAAUGUGAUGCAUCAUUAAAUACGGCUAAGUCAAUUCCGGUAAUAUAAUCUUAGCGUGAGAAGCUACAGUAAUAUGAAGCCAGUUUAACACGCCCACAGGUUCAGAUGCUAACGGAAUUUAGACGACUCAUCAUAACUUCCAAGCUAAUAAAAAAAAAAAAAAAAGAUUAGCCAGCAAGGUUUUAUAAUUAUGAUUAUGUGCUUAUGCAAUAUGUUUUUGAGGGAAUAAAAUCACUCUCUGGGAGAUAAGAAUCCAGGGAGCGACAAACUACGCGUGGCAUCCGCACAAUUUUUAUUUUACAAAAUAUAAUCCGAUAGGAACAAAUGGAAAAAGCAGAUAUUCCAGCCAACAUUUUUACCACAAGGAGGAAAAAAAGCAUGUUGGUUAUUUAUGAAAGAAAAUGUUCCUGCUGAGAGAAUAAUUUAUGUUGGUUGUUCAAUUUCACAUCCUGGGCUCUCCGUGUUCUUGUCACUUGUCCUACUCUUUUGAAAUACUGCAGAGUGUGGUUAGUUACAACCCCGUCUGGCCAAAUAUACACAGACAGCCAUGAAUUUGGGCUCAGGCUCAGCUUGGGAAUGAUGGAAACACCAUUUUCUGGUGCAUUGUGGGAUAGCUGAGGUCAGCCUGAGAGAGCCUUCAGAGCUGUAGCACAGGACCAAUGAGAGACGCAGGACUGCUGUCCCUCUGUCCAAUCUGUCUGUCCCACAAACAGGCUCUGCUGCAGCAGGGGCACGCACAGCAUUUAGCUGCACUUAACAGGGGUGCUCACGUCACGGACUGAAGAAAGAGAGCAGCGCUCAUACAGUUAACGAUACUUGUAUUUAUUUGUGUAAUUUAUUUGUAUUUUUAAUGUACUGUACCUACAGUAUGUAUGCACUUUUUUCCCCAAACUCUGUAGCUGGUGAUUGUAGCAGUCCUGCAUUCAGUCAAAUGUCAUUAAAGAAUGAACAUUUUA